AUGGCCAAGGUAAGGAAGGCUGAAACCCGACCACCACUGAACAAGACACAUAAGUUGAAACGUCAAGGCUGGGCCAAGAAAUACCUGAAGACAGAUUUUUCAAAGGUUUUAUGGACUGAUGAGAUGAGAGUGACUCUUGACGGACCAGAUGGAUGGGCCCAUGGCUGGAUCAGUAAUGGGCACAGAGCUCCACUUCGACUCAGACGCCAGCAAGGUGGAGGUGGGGUACUGGUAUGGGCUGGUAUUAUUAAAGAUGAGCUAGUUGGACCUUUUCGGGUUCAAGAUGGACUCAAAAUGAACUCCCAAACCUACUGCCAGUUUUUAGAAGACACUUUCUUCAAGCAGUGGUACAGGAAAAAGUCUGCAUCUUUCAAGAGGACCAUGAUUUUUAUGCAGGACAAUGCUCCAUCGCAUGCGUCGAAGUACUCCACUGUGUGGCUCGCCAGUAAAGGCCUUAAAGAUGAAAAAAUAAUGACAUGGCCCCCUUCCUCACCUGACCUAAACCCUAUUGAGAACUUGUGGGCCCUUCUUAAACGGGAGAUUUACAGGGAAGGAAAACAGUACACCUCUCUGAACAGUGUCUGGGAGGCUGUGGUUGUUGCUGCACAAAAAGUUGAUCGUCAACAGAUCAAGAAACUGACAGACUCCAUGAAUGGAAGGCUUAUGACCAUUAUUGAAAAGAAGGGUGGCUAUAUUGGAAUAAACAGCACCGGGGACUACAGCAGAGUCAGCCACAACACUGCAGGCUUCACCACCGACAGCGGCUGCAUCACCAUCACCACCAAUAUUACCGAUUACGCUGCAUCACAUCUACCGCAGCCAGCCAUUCCACAGGUUUCAGCACCUACAGUCCCAGUGAGGUUGUGGGUCCCCAGACAGAGGAGGUGCAGUCGGUCGGUCAGGGGGAGUUUCUCCCACUCUCGUUCCCUCUCCCUGCACCCAGCUCAGCAUGCCCCAGCCCCUGAGCACAUCCACAGCUCUCCCAGCUCCACUACCAUGUGUAGAUGGACAGUGACACAAGGUGCAUCGGUCGCCUGGUUCUCCACCUGCCCCUGCUACAGACCUCCUUCACUCAUCCUCUCCUUCACCUUCCUCCUCCUGCUUCUCCUGCUCGGACCCUCCUCGUCCUCACCCCUGUACGCCACACCGUCAGACUCUGAAGGGGACCACAAUGCACCGCAUGGGACUCCUCACGCCUUCAUCUCACGCCCGCCGCCCUCCUCAUCGCCCGCACCGCUGCACGCAUCCUCUGCGAGGUUGCCACGGGCAACCAAUGUGUCAUCGUCCUCCGCGACGGUCGUCGGGCGCCAUGUGCGGAGCAGCUACAACCAUCUGCAAGGAGAUGUGCGGCGGAGGAAACUGUUCUCCUACCAGAAAUUCUUCCUUCGCAUUGACAAGAAAGGAAAAGUUAAUGGCACCAAAAGCGAGGACGAUCCAUACAGUAUGUUGGAGAUCAAGUCAGUGGAUGUGGGAGUCGUGGCCAUCAGGGGGCUCAGCAGUAACUACUACCUGGCAAUCAGCAAGAAGGGAGAGCUAUACGGAGCGAGGGACUUUGGUCCAGACUGCCGUCUGAUCGAACGCAUCGAGGAGAACAAGUACAACACCUACGCUUCAGCAGAGUGGCGCAACAAGAGGAAGCACAUGUUUGUGGGACUGAACGCCAACGGAAAGCCAAUGAGGGGGAAGAAGACACGGAGGAAAAACACUGCCACUCACUUCCUGCCCAUUGUGGUACAACCACGAUGAUUGGACAUAUCAGCCAUGAAAGAGCUCUGCACAACGCAGGGUGUCGGACAUUUUCUUUGGAGUUACAGCGAUGGCUACAUUGGACAGAUCUGAAUCAGAUCUGAAUGAUGCACUGAGGAGGUACAGAAUGGAAACCUAUGGACAUUUUAUCUCUGUUUGAUAAAGACAUUUCUAUUUUUAAAGAAAGAAAUAAGAUAUAUUGCUAUACAAUGUAUAUAUUAUUUUCUGUUUUAAGUUAUCAAGUACAUUGGCACAGUAGAAAAUAUGAAAAGAAAUUACUUCUGUGCCAAAAUGUGAUUAGUAACUCACAUUUCUAGAUUUGUGUACAUGUGAAGCGCUUGACUUGGAAGAAAGAAAAUGAAAAAUAUGUGAGAGGAAAAGAAAGACUAGAAGAGGAUGUAUUGAUAGAAAGAUGAACAGAGGAGAAGAAAAGGCAUGACAAGCAGGAAAUGAAAAGGAAGAGAGAGUCAAGUACCAACAGGUACCAACACAACAGCAAGUCUAACACUAUCAUGUUUUUUCUUUGAAUUUAUUUAUUUUGUGUAAUAUUUAACAAAAAAAGAACAAAAACACAAAAAGGACAAAUUCUUGUCUUUUUUUACCAUUUAUGCUUCUCUUUUUGAAUACUAAUCAUU